GCUACUUCUGGCGGACGUAAACACAAGUUUCCUGCUAUUGUCAACCUGCAGCCUCACUCUCAUUUGCUCAGUGCAUCUCUCUUUUACCUGUCAUUUAACUUGCGCACAAGCUCAAGAACUGAUCACCAUCAUCAAACUGCAUUAUCAUGGCACACGCCAGCGACACAUCUCGAAAGCGUCGUCCCAGCGACUCUCCCAACAUAUCCGCACGAGACGGUGAUCUCGCCCCGUCUCUAUCCUACAAGAGGCGUUUCAUACUCGACGGCGAGCUCCAGCAAACCACGACCAGCGAAGACCAACCCACGAGCAAGCAGGAACUUCCCAAUCCCCUUGAUGUGCUUGCCCAGGCUGCCUCGCUGGCCCAGCCUCUGCCUACGAAGUCCCGCAAGCGUAUUAUCUUGAAUCCGCCAUCGCCAUCUCCUGGAGUCAAGGAAUUCAAUCUUCUGUCUGGGCUUCUCUCACACGUAGACAUAUUGCUCCAGGUUACGAGCUACCUUCCGCCUCAGACUCUGCUCAACCUUUACAGCGUUUCCGCACCCUUCCACUAUGUCAUGAACAGCCACUUCACUGCAUUCAUCAAGGCUGCCACUUCCACAUGGGCUCCCGAUGCCGACAGGUACUUCCCCUGGUGGUGCUAUCGUCAGCUUUGUAUCGAAGAUCCUGCUUUGCGUCGCUCCAGGCCUGAUCGCAGAAGCGUGAGCUGGGAUGAUUUCACCCCAAAGCCCUCUCCCGAACCUGCCUCUGAUGGAUCUGAUGCGCACGUCUCGAACAUCUCUGGAAGUCCAAGAAGUAUCAAGUCAGAAAGUCCUGCCGAGAUCAAAGCGAGAGUUACCAAGCUGGUCAAACAACGCCAAACGGCCGCUGCGCCAGUGCCAGGCUUACGCUGGCUGAAAAUGGCGGCGUACCGUGAGUCGGUGUGUCGAGAAAUUGUUGGCUGGUUGGCAACCCACGGUCAUCGGAUUCCACGCUGUGAAGGUGUCGACGCUCUCAAGAAAAUGUGGUUCCUGCUCGACAUCCCUGUCAACGGUCCUCGUAUAGCCUUGAUUCACAACACGAAAUUCUUCACCCGAGGAACGCUUGCCGUCUUGCAGCUAUUCUUCAUCAAGCUCGAUAUGCUAUACGUCGAUCCUGUGCAUUAUUACGGUGGGGAAGCAUCCAUGCGCGAAAUGCUACUCGCAGAACGUAGUCUUACCACGCUCUGGAACUUCCUGCGCGGCGCAGAUGGCACUACGAGACUGGACACUUUGCGCCUCUGGAUCAGACAUCGCUACAAGAGACCUCGAGUUGUCCGACCAAUGACUCUCGAGGCACACGAGCAGCAUGAGGCGAAGAUAGAGAUGCCAAUCAUGGGCGUUCCACCAGAGCUUGUUGGUCGCUGGGGCUACGAGUGUUGGGGGCUUGGACAAGUCAAGCUCAUGCGUCCUGAUCAGUUGGUACUGAAGGAGGCAGUCAGACGUCGCUACGGUCUUCAACGAAUGUUCAUGUCUUACAUCUCGUACGGAUAUCUCGAUGCAGAUCUGCAUCCGCUACCAACCGUCGUCAAGCCAGAGGACGUUGUCCUGAGCAUGAUUCGCAGAAAGAAGAACAAAGAGUUGAAGUCAAAGGAAGAGGAUAAGACGGACACUAGUCAGAGGAGUGAAGACGGCAGUGCUGAUCGUGGAGAAGCGCCUGUACCAUUGGUAGACAGACUUGGAGUCCUGCUUACACAGAGACACGGCUGAGCUGUUUGUUGGAUUGAUGUAGGGACGGCCUCCAGACAUCCACCACUUCAUGAGUAUUGCUUUGUUACUCCCGUGUACCUGGCACAAAUUGAGAAGAACUUGACUGAAAGUGCUCCGUACGUUGAGAACUUCCAAAAUAUGGUGAUGAGUGAUGUCACCUCCCCGUGUGAUUCAUG